GCCAUCCACACCCCCACAUCCCGUCACCUCGCUCUCCCUCCUCCCCCUUCCUACUCUUGCUCCUUCUCCCGAGGCAUCACCAUGAACGCCGAGGAGUUCCGCAAGUACGGUCACCAGAUCGUCGACUACAUCGCCGAUUACUACUCCAAUCUGGAGCGCUUCGAUGUCCUCCCGGAUGUGGAGCCCGGUUACCUGGCGCCCCUGCUGCCGGCCUCGCCGCCGACCACCGGCGAGCCGUUUGACCAGAUCUUCGCCGACUUCCAGAAGUACAUCAUGCCCGGCGUCACACACUGGCAGCAUCCGCAGUUCUUUGCCUUCUUCCCGGGGAACUCCUCUUUCCCGGCGAUGCUCGGCGAUAUGCUGUCCGGCAUGAUCUCCUGCGUGGGCUUCAACUGGAUCGCCUCGCCCGCGUGCACCGAGCUUGAGCCCAUCACGCUGGACUGGAUGGCGCAGAUCAUGGGCCUGGCGCCGAAGUUCCUCUCCGAGUCCGGUGUUGGUGGCGGUGUAAUUCAGGGGUCCGCCAGUGAGGCCUCGCUGGUGGCCAUGAUCGCCGCCCGCGAACGCAAGAUCCGAGCCAUCCUCUCGUCGGAGAGCCUGUGUGCACAGCACGGCAUUCCCCCGCACACGCUGGAGGAGAUCAACAACCUGAGCGAAGAGCAGGUCCAGGUCCUGGCGGCGCCGCUGCUCUCGCGCAUGGUGUGCUACACCUCGGUUCAGGCACACUCGUCAAUUCAAAAGGCCGCGCAGGUGAUCUCCAUGCGCAUUCGCCUGGUGGACGCUUGCGAGGACACCCACCGUGUGUCCAUUGCGGCGCUGAUCGCCCAGAUCGAGACCGAUCUGGCCGAGGGGUUGAUUCCCUUCUACGUGUGUGGGACCAUCGGAACCACGAACACCGUGGCCAUCGACGAUAUUGGUGGUCUGGCUGAUGUCGCCGAGAAGUAUGGCAUCUGGCUGCACGUGGACGGUGCGUACGCCGGGUCGGCGCUGGCCUGCGAGGAGUUCCGCGACGGCCUGCAGCACGCCGCCCUGGCCCGGGUCCAGUCGCUGGCCAUCAAUCCCCACAAGUGGAUGCUGGUGAACUUCGAUUGCACGGUCUUCUGGGUGGAGCGCAAGCAAGACCUCCUGAAUGCCCUGUCGAUCGAGCGGCACUACUACUCGGCCGUGAAGCGCACCUCGCCCAACCACUCCCAGGCUCCGGUGUCGGGUCGGGUGGAAGAGUACCGGAACUGGCAGAUCCCCCUGGGCCGGCGCUUCCGCAGCCUGAAGCUCUGGUUCACCAUGCGCGCCUAUGGCGUCGAGGGCCUCAAGCAGCACAUCCGUCGGCAUGUCGAGCUCGCUCGGGGCCUGGAGGAGGACCUGCUGGCCGUGCGCCAGACCCCGGCCGGCCUGCCGGUCCAGUUGGAGAUGGCCCCCGGCCGGACACUGUCGGUCCUGAACUUCCGCUUUGUCGGUCAGGAUGACCAGUUCCACCUGGGCGUGGUCAAUCGCCUGUGCUACCCCAAUGCCCAGGAAAACCAAGCAGCCCGCCCGGCGGGCAAGGCGUCCACCGAGGACGACCGCCAGGACCCGAUUUACAUCAUGACCGGGCGCUUCAAUGGCCAGGUGACCCUGCGCAUGUCGAUCGGCUCGCCCCAGACGCAGAAGCACCACCUGGACAAGGUCCUGGCCCGGCUGCUGGCCGCGGCGGAUGCCCUGCUGCCGGAGGCCGCCGCCCCGGCGGCCGCUCCGAGGGCGUGAACGCGCAGACGCGAAGCACCAACGCUCCCAGCGAUCUGGCGAAUGCGUCGGCACAUGUCGCGGCCGUUGUGGCAAGAUGCCAACGGGGCGCUUCUCUUGAAAUAGAUUUCCCGCUGUUGUUGCAUA